UGUAUGCCCUUGGACAGAAGGUUUGGAAAAGAUGGAAAAAACGUUACUUUGUUCUUGUUCAGGUUAGCCAAUACACCUUUGCCAUGUGCAGUUACAGAGAAAAAAAGUCAGAACCACAGGAAUUAAUGCAGCUUGAAGGAUACACUGUGGAUUACACCGACCCCCACCCAGGCCUCCAGGGGGGUCAGAUGUUCUUUAACGCAGUUAAAGAAGGAGACACUGUUAUAUUUGCCAGUGAUGAUGAACAGGACAGAAUAUUAUGGGUUCAGGCCAUGUAUAGGGCCACAGGUCAGUCGUAUAAACCCAUGCCUGCCAUUCAAGCCCAGAAGCUGAAUCCGAAAGGGGGAACUCUCCAUGCAGAUGCUCAGCUUUCUAGUAAGGAUGCAGACCGUUUCCAGAAACAUGGUAUGGAUGAGUUUAUUUCUGCGAACCCCUGCAAGCUUGACCACGCCUUCCUUUUUAGACUCCUCCAGAGGCAGACUUUGGACCACAGACUGAAUGAUUCCUAUUCUUGCUUGGGUUGGUUUAGCCCUGGCCAAGUCUUUGUGUUGGAUGAGUACUGCGCCCGCUACGGAGUGCGAGGCUGUCACCGACAUCUGUGUUACCUGACGGAGCUGAUGGAACAUUCAGAAAACGGCGCUGUCGUUGACCCCACCCUGCUCCAUUACAGCUUUGCAUUCUGUGCCUCUCACGUGCACGGCAACAGGCCUGAUGGAAUUGGAACAGUCUCAAUGGAAGAAAAAGAGAGAUUUGAGGAGAUAAAAGAGAGACUCUCUUUCCUUUUAGAAAAUCAGAUAAGCCAUUUCAGAUACUGUUUUCCCUUUGGACGACCCGAAGGUGCCCUGAAAGCUACACUUUCUUUACUUGAAAGGGUUUUAAUGAAAGAUAUUGCUACUCCCAUACCAGCAGAAGAGGUGAAAAAAGUGGUCAGAAAAUGUCUGGAGAAAGCUGCCUUGAUCAAUUACACAAGACUCACAGAAUAUGCCAAAAUAGAAGGCUCAGCAGAAAAGGAAGCAGAGACCAUGAACCACGCGAGUCCUGCUAGAAAGCUGGAGGACGUGCUUCAUCUAGCCGAGCUCUGCAUAGAAGUCUUACAGCAAAAUGAAGAGCAUCAUUCAGAGGGAAGAGAGGCGUUUGCCUGGUGGCCCGACUUAUUGGCAGAGCAUGCAGAGAAAUUUUGGGCUUUAUUCACAGUGGAUAUGGAUACUGCACUGGAGGCUCAACCACAAGACUCCUGGGAUAGCUUCCCUCUUUUCCAACUGCUCAAUAAUUUCCUCAGAAAUGACACACUUUUAUGUAAUGGAAAAUUUCACAAACACUUGCAAGAAAUCUUUGUGCCCUUGGUUGUCCGCUACGUCGAUCUCAUGGAGUCCUCCAUCGCCCAGUCAAUUCACAGAGGCUUUGAGCAAGAGACGUGGCAGCCUGUCAAGAAUAUCGCCAACAGUCUUCCCAAUGUAGCUCUUCCAAAAGUUCCAAGUCUGCCUCUUAAUCUUCCACAGAUUCCUAGCAUUUCUACUCCUUCGUGGAUGGCUCCUUUAUAUGAGUCCACCAAUGGCUCUGCAACAUCAGAAGACCUUUUUUGGAAACUUGAUGCACUGCAAAUGUUUGUCCUUGAUCUGCACUGGCCAGAACAAGAAUUUGCCCACCACUUAGAGCAAAGACUUAAACUAAUGGCCAGUGAUAUGAUAGAGGCCUGUGUCAAAAGAACAAGAACUGCCUUUGAACUCAAACUACAAAAGGCGAGCAAAACCACUGACUUGCGCAUCCCAGCUUCUGUGUGUACCAUGUUUAAUGUGUUAGUAGAUGCCAAAAAGCAAAGCACCAAACUCUGUGCCCUGGAUGGAGGCCAAGAGUUUGAUAGUCAGUGGCAACAGUACCAUUCAAAAAUAGAUGAUUUGAUUGACAGCACUGUAAAAGAAAUCAUUUCAAUGCUAGUUUCAAAGUUUGUUGCAGUGUUGGAAGGGGUGUUGUCGAAGCUGUCAAGAUAUGAUGAAGGCACGUUCUUCUCGUCCAUUCUGUCAUUCACUGUGAAAGCAGCUGCAAAAUAUGUUGAUGUGCCGAAACCAGGAAUGGAUCUGGCCGACACCUAUAUUAUGUUUGUUCGGCAAAACCAGGAUAUUCUUCGAGAAAAGGUCAAUGAAGAAAUGUACAUAGAAAAGUUGUUCGAUCAAUGGUACAGCAGUUCCAUGAAAGUCAUUUGUGUGUGGUUGGCUGAUAGAUUAGACCUCCAGCUCCAUAUUUACCAACUGAAGACGCUCAUCAAGAUCGUGAAGAAAAGCUAUAGGGACUUCCGGUUGCAGGGUGUAUUGGAAGGCACACUGAACAGCAAGACCUACGAUACUCUGCACAGACGGUUAACAGUGGAGGAGGCUACAGCCUCUGUUUCCGAAGGAGGAGGACUUCAGGGCAUCACCAUGAAAGACAGCGACGAAGAGGAAGAAGAAGGCUGAUGAUGUGCAGCCCUAUAGAAGAAAAGAGGACCUUGGCAUUGUUUCUUUUGUUCAUUGUCCUUGUUGUUACAUUGUUUGGCCAAAUAAAACUGCUUGUAUUUCACUCUACAUUUAAAAAAAUAAACCUGGAAGCAGAUAUAAAGGGGAAAAUACCAAUUUUGGGGGUUUUGUUUUGUUUGUUUGUUUGUUUGUUUGUUUGUUUGUUUGUUUGUUUGUUUGUUUGUUUGUUUUUAACAAGGUCUGUCUCUUUUGUGUAGCUUGACCUCAAAUGAGCUUUGGCUUUGUGAUUAAAAUGUGCACUUUUUUUUUUAGUUGACUUUUUUUUUCUGUCAUCACAUCAAAGGAGUGUCCUGUGUGUGAAUAGAAUAUGUAUUUCUCAUAAUACAAUAUUGUGAGAAGAAACUACUUCUAAUCACUGUUCCAGCUCUAUCAUACCCGUGUUAAAACAGUCUGUAUUUAACAUUUUAUCAUGUAUGUGCAAAGUUUGUUUUGCAGUUAAUUUGCCAUUGUUGUGAUGUAUGUAAAAUGUUAACCUUGGUUGUUCGUACUCUGAACUGGUCUUCAGGUGUAUUCCUGGGCUUACAGGACCGCCAAACCUAAACAUAGAUAGAUUAUUCAUUGGGCUUGUGUCCUGUUCUGCUCUGAACAUUUCUUCUAUCAAGUGUAAAAAAUCCCAAAGUGUGGGCUAGUAAGUGUGCUGGCAUCAACAUACUUUAUUCUCCUACUUAUAACAGCUUCCAGGCAAUAAAAGUCCAUUUAGUCAUAACCAGUUCUGUAUUUAUUAGACAUUUAGAUUAAAUGCAGUAAAAAAGAAUGUUUGCAGUAUUAUAAACAUCUCAACAAUUUGGCUCUGUGCUUUGUUAUUUUUGUCUUGUUUACAAUCAAAUUCGUAAAAGAUAUUAACACAGCUUUGCACCUAGUAGGCAACACAUUUUGCUAAAAGAGAUAUGACAGCGUAUUUCAUGGCAAAGGUCAUGUUGACUAUAUCCUCAUAUAUUGUGUAUUAUUAGUUACCAUUAGCAAUUAAUGGUAACUAAUAAUGAGUAAGAUGAGGAAUGCUAGUAAUGUUAACUAGUAAUUGACAUGUUCAAGUUAUUUCUUCCCCCAAAGUAUUUUCUUGCAACAACUUUGAAAGAUAAAUAAUAGUAUUAUGCUUUAUAAUGUGUCUGUAGUUUUUAUUUUUGUACUUUUUUCCUAAAAUAUGCUGGCAUACUGGGCUACUGCAUUCACUCAUAAAUAAUAUUUAAAUGAAGUAAGUUAAUGCAAAAUAAGUGGAAUUAUCCCUGAAUUACAUAAACCUAAGUCCCGAAAUUUUGGAAGUGAAACAACUUGUUGGAUCUCCAAAUUCACUCUCCCAUUGGUGGUGUAAGUGGUCUCUAGGUACCCAGACUAGCGCACAAAAAUCUGUGUAUUCCACAGUUAUUAUAUAAUGUCAUUUCAGCUCAAUUUCUGGGUCCUAGAGGUAAGCGACCCUGUGAUAAACAUGAAAGGAGAUUUCUCCCCCUUUCCUGGGUUAGAGAUGAGCUCUACCACCUCUCAGGAUUUUUUAAAGGCAGCUUGUGUGGGAAUGCUCACCUUCCCUGUGUUUUCCACCCUCAGGCUCAGUAGUGUCCUUUCCUUAAGCCCUGGGGUGUCCUGUGUGCUCCCCUAGACUCCCCAAGCUUGCUGCUUCCUGCACAGUUCAAAUUGCUCUAUGCUUGGAAAUUACCCACCCUUCUUUUCCUUUAAAUAAAAUGUCAAUUUCCUUGAUACAGCUCA